GAUACUGUUGCCGGGCAGAAGUUUUAAUUUAACAACCCACUAUCGGCAAUGGCAGGCUUAAAUCUAGUAGUAAAGUCCGGAUUACUUUUAUACACUCAAGACUAUAUUGCUUAAAGCACUGCCGCCUUCACAGAUAGAUCUGUUUGAAUGUUACUUUUGCUGAGAAAGAUGAUUGGGCAGAAAUCUGAGAGUGAUCUUACCUUGAACGAUAAUUCUCAUGGGACUGACCCAGUAACAAUUACUGACAAGAAGUCAUUCAGAUCAAGUAAAGAAAUUCAAACAUCCGAUGAUGAUCAGUCCGACUAUAUUUCACAAAGACGCUGCAAGCUUCAACAGGAGCUCAUUCUGUCACUGAAAGAUGACCUUUCCGAAUGGAUUAUUAAAACUUUAGGACCAACAAACAUUUCGACUGAGAACUUUAUACAAGCAUUAGACAAUGGAGUCAUACUGUGUCAGUUAAGUUUGAUCAUUGAGCAGAAGGCAAAGAGGUAUGCCGAGAUGGGGAAAUACAAAGCACCUUUACCAACUUACAAGAUACACUGCAACAAAAAUGCCAAAUCAGGAACUUGGUUAGCCAGGGACAACACAGCAAAUUUCCUAAAAUGGUGCAAAGCUUAUGGACUCAAAGAUGAAAACUUAUUUGAUUCUGAAGAUUUAGUUACACAUCAUAAAGAAAUGCAAGUGAUCUACUGCUUGAUGGAACUUGCAAGACUUGGGGCUCGUUUUGGCCUAGAACCUCCUACCUUGAUCUCUAUGGAAGAGGAGAUAGACAGCGAUAGCACUGUGGCCAACAUUCCCCCUCUUCUCUCUUACAGUGCUUCAACCAGUCCAGAGCCUGUGUACAUCUUCAGUAGAAUGAAUUCCAUGAACAAGUCUGAUACUGUACCUGUGGAGGUGGAGCAGGAAACGCAUGCUUCCUUAGAUGAAGCAGUUGCAAAGAUAGCAGCCAAGUAUAAUCGUCAAAAGUAUGUCAGAAAGAUUAGCACAGGUGUCUACUUGGUAUUUGGAAAACAAGUUUUUUUACGACUUCUCAAAGGAAGGCACCUGAUGGUGCGGGUUGGAGGCGGCUGGGACACUUUUGAAAACUACUUAGUUCACCAUGACAACAUUCCGGCUGUUUCAACUAUGACCGAACCGAAAGAACCUAAACCGGACGUACCUCACACUAGUACCUUGCCGCAACGAGCAGGGCGCAGCGCCAUUCGACUUUUGAAGCCAACCCAAAGGAGUGCUUCUGUGUCUGGCUACAACAGUCGUAGUAACCCACAAGACAAAAUAGAGAGUGAGAUUCAAUCUGUUGAAAUCAUAAACUCUACACCUCAGUUUGUCAAGUCUGGUUCACAGACUCUGUCUCACUAUAUCAGCUCUGCCACACAAUCAGUUGAUCAAUAUGUCAGCUCUGCAUCUCAGUCACUCAAUUAUGCACUUCAUUUUGUCAACCCAAAUGUUCAUUCUCUAAGCUCAGAAAUCGGCUCUAAAAACUCCAAGACCUGAUGUUUGGAUUAUGAACAGUUCAAGAUCUUGUUUAUUGAUCUAAAUCCACUUGCUCUGCAACUCAUUUACAGAUUGCUUUAAUAUGGCCUUUGUGCGUGAAAAUGUUGAAACUUUAAAAUUCUUUCUAAAAAAAGAACAAAACUGUGAAAUUCGGAAGUGGCUUUAAAAUUAUGAAACAAUCCCAACUUUUAGUAACUAAUGAAUAUUGCUUGCCUUUAUCUUAUUGUCUACAAGCUCUGAACACAUUUCAGCUCUGCAACUUGGAGUGUUACAUCAUUAAACAAAACUGCACUGCCCUAUAUCAAGUUUCAUACAUCACAUUCUUGUCCCUGCAUGUCACUAAGAAAAAUAUCUCGACCUUUUUUUUUCUGUUUUCUCUGAAUAAUGUCAUUCUACAAGAGUAUGUCCUGCAGACAUUAAAAACUUCUUGACAAGUAC